UUAACUUUUGUUUCGCUUUUUCAUGCCCUACAAUCGAUUCUCAGGAAAAGUAUUUCCAGCAAAAGAUGGUCCUCAGCUCGAUAAUGUAGUAACGGUUGAGAAUUAUCUUUACUACCUGUCGCUUUUGGAGUCGUUUUACGAGUUGGAGCAAUCUAUGAGUCCAGAAAUAUUCAAAAUUUUCAUGGUUGCUGCUGAAAAACGAUACCUCGAGUUUCUUUUAACGUGUUACAACGGCAAUGUUAACAGAUGGGACUCAAAUAAACCUGUACCAUUGGAUGUCGCUUACGCAUGGCACGCUCACUUACUCUCGCCAUUCCGAUAUUAUGAGGAUAUUGCAUGCGAUAGUGAAAAUGAUACUAUCCAAUUGCAACUUGUCGAAAAUUUUCCCCUGAAAGCAAUGCAUAAGCAGCGAAGGCGUGAUAAAUUAGGUCAUCAGCCGGACAAUUUAAUGUUCAGAGCUUUUCUCUCUUACUCUUGGAGUUCGGAUAGUAGCCAAAGUGCGCAGCUUACCGCUACCUAUGUCUAUCCAUUGGAGUUGACUAAAGACAAGUUGAUGGCCAUUCUUCAGGAAAAAAGAGGAGGAUAUACUUUACAAUACCCAGAUGAAGCAGAGCAUGUGCACGAUAAAUAUGUUUGCUGCACUCGAUGUGGUUCUUGUAACGAGAUUUUAGUUGUCGAAACUUGGGAGCAAUUUGCUCAAUUUAGAACGAAUCCGAAUGCAGUAUUGAAAUGCCCAAGUCAUAUUUGCAAGCAGCCGGAAAACACGAUUGACACGUUUGCAGUUUCUCAAUUACUGUCAUCUCUGCCGUACUCCAUCAAAGGGACAUUUCUUGAUAGCAAAGGAUAUUGCAAAAAGAUGACAGAAGAAGAUAGGGCGAUGCGCGAGAGAUUUUGUCAUGAUCUUUUAUCAAGGAAGGAACAACUUAAAGAAAGCAAGAAUCUUAAAAAUGUCUUGGAUGAUUUGUUACAGUACCCCCGAGAUCAAUCUGGUUAUCCACUCGAUGAAAAACUGUCACGUGAGUAUGACGCGUACGCCAGAGAACUGUCAAAUAUUAUUCGCAGCACUUACGAAAGUAACCCCACACCACUAUCUUUGGAUCUUGUCCAAGCUAUGAUGCGACAGCGCCACUUUGUUAGUACCAUGGUAGCGAAAAUUGCCUGCGUAUGGAAAGAUCCGGUGAACUGUGAGAUACCGGAAGCUAUUCGAGAUUAUCACGAUUUUCUGCUUGUCAAGAAAAAAGCAUUAGCAUCACAGAAAGUGAAUUUUAAAGUGAUAUUCCCCACGUGGGCUAUUGAUGCGGCGUGGCAUGUACACAUGCUGCACCCUUCACGAUACCGUCAAAUGAUGCUGGAUGACCUAGGAAUGGUGUUAAAUCAUGACGAUACAGUACUGCCGAAGCAUUUUGAUAUGUAUGCUAGUGACAACAUGUGGGCAUUGAGCUCCAAUCUCGUAAAACGACCUAACGGAAGCAAUCAUAAAGAAAAGAAGAAAAUGAUCCGAUUGUUCUCAGCCUCAAAAAAAUUGCAAACUAAGAAUGAAAAUUAUAAGACCUUACAGAACGUUUUUUCUAGUCACAUUGCACGACAAGAGCAGCGCAUGUCUCUAACCAUCAAGCCGCAUGAUGUGAGCUAUCAUGGUUCAGUGACCACAACAUAUCCUCCUACAGGUGUAAACACAGUUGCUCAGCGAGAAAAACGGUUUCCAAGAGUUUUUGGUCCUAUCAAACGAGGAAGCACGAUUAUACGAGCGUUACAUACCAGCAUUUACGACUGGGGCGGCGCCCACGGACCCUUACCACGGCUUAUUCUGGGAGAUAAAACGCUUGAAUGGUGGAUGCCAUUAGCCAAUCAUUUUGGGCUGAUGCGCCGUCAGUACUCAAAAAAGUACCGUUUAUGGGGAUGGACGACCAAUGGCUACGACUGGUAUUCUGACGAAGAGUGCAAUUUUACCACUUCCCCCAAAGGAAGGUUCGAUGGCCGGGCUUUCAUUCCAACUCCUACUUUCAAUCGAAGAUAUGGCAAUGGAAGCGGUGGUGGCGGUUAUGGAGGAUUUUCCGCGGGCGAUUCAUCCGGCGGAGGUGAUGGAGGAUGUGGUGGUGAUGGCGGAGGCGGAGGCGGGGGUGACGGAGGAGGCUGUUGAUACCUCAUACCUUACCCCACCUUACACAUAUAACCAAAGCCAUGAAACAGCAAUACAUAUCUUUCAA